GACCAACAGGGAUAGGAUAGACUUCAUAGAGCAUACGCCCGCCAUGGUCGCAAGUCAGUGACUUUGCGGCACAGCCUGAGAUUGUGAUGCAUAAUCAUGUCAAGGGCCUUCCACCGGAGAGCCCGACGCCACUCGAACAGUCAUUCAUGCAGACCACCUUCAAGUGGCUGAAGGGUGGGAAUUCAGUGUAUCAAUAUGUCCACUGGCCUACACGAAUCAGCGACAACUUGUUUGUGUGGUAUUCACCUAGCCAGGACCGAUUGAUUUCCAAGCGAGGUGCAUCAUGGGCGGUCCACUGCAGGAGGCAGCAAAGGGACUUGGCGGUGUCCACGGAUCGCGUCACGUGGGUGCUGGAGGAGACGCCUGAGGACAAGAAAGAGCGCAAGGACAAGGAGUCACAGUUGUUGCUGCAAGAGCUGAACAAUCUGGGCGUGCACGGGAAGAAGCUGAGCCCGGAUGAAGGUCGCGCCCUGGCGAUCGAAUUGAAGAAGCGAGGAAUACGGCCUUCGCAGGACCAAAUGCAAGAAGUUGCACCGCUUCAAGCCUUAGCGUGCAAAAGGGUGACGGCACAAGAUCACUGGCCGCAGAACUUCAGAUUGAUGGCACUGCACCUGGCCGGCUUCCAGGAUCCACACGUUGAUGGUUUGUAUACAAACUGCGACCCUCAAGGAGUCAGUCGUCGGGCCUUCGUGCAUGGAUCCUCUGUCCUGCACGCUCGCAACGCCGGGUGGGGUGUGGUGAGGGACGUUCCGCUGAACCAAGCCCACAAAAGCCCAAUCAUAUUCGGGACAGCCAACUUAGAGAUCUGGCACCGUCCUGACAGGGACAAAACACGGCUGUGGGGAAUCAGAUGCCACGCCAUCUACACCAACAGCCCGCCUGAGCUUGCAAGUGCCAAGCCAGAGCCGCGCUCUGCAAAGCCUGAGGAACGCGCUGAAAAGGCACCGCAACCCACCAAGGGGCAGUCAGCAAAGCCAGAGCAGUCAGCAAAGCCAGAGCAGUCAGCCAAGGCAGCGCCGUCGCAAUCGACCGGUCCAGAGAAGACGUACAAGAGAUUCAAGCCUGCGAAGGCAGCCAAGACAGCAAUCAGCCACUGCGAGGCACUGAAGUACUACCAUGAGUUCCACUGCAUCUCGAAGCCGUGCAUGCAAGUUCGCCAAUCGCACCCGUGCGAUCUCAAGGUGGUGUUGGAGAUCUUUGCAAAGCGUGUGUAUGCACAACCGGCAGGAAUGUGCACUGAUCUUUUCCGUGCACGACCUGGUGACAUCCUGCUCGACCUGGGGGCCAACAUUGGUGCCACUGCUUUUUGGUACUUUACCGAAGGUGUGGCGAGAGCUGACUGCAUUGAACCUUCGAAGAAGGGCAGUGCAAAGAAGCUGCCUUUGCCAGAACCAAUUGCUGCAGAGACGCGGGCCUUUGACCUACUGGAGUCGAACCUACACCCCUGGGAAUCGAAAUCCAGGCGGUGCAAUGCCGCAGUCGUGCAUGAAUUUGCUGCUGACCAGUCUGGAAGCGUGAGCGUACAGUUUGAUGACGUUCAACUGGCUCCGGCAGCAGGCUACAUUGUGGCCAGCCUGCACAACAACCAGCGCAACCAGUAUGUUUUGCGUGUCAUCAAUGGAUUGUUGACAGUAGUCCUUUCAUCCAACACGAGCAAGCUCAUCCUGCCGUUCGGGUCAAAGUGGCAAAGCGGUCGUGAAUUUUCAGACAUCGACACAGCCCUGCAAGCCUUGCGAGUGCAUCAGGGCCCAUUGAUCUUUUUCUUUGGGCCAGAAGCACUGCAUCUCAGGGCCAACUGCAACGGUCCGAUUGAUACCGUGCUACACCAACGAGGCCCCGCGCUUUGGCAGGACGCGCAAGGCGUGUCACUUGCGGGCGGCGGUUCUGACGGUACCGCUGAGUGGCGCCUGACCGUGCCAUCCGGCACCUGGAGAAGUCCCCGGACCACAUCCACGCCCCCGGCCAAGGCAAUCUGGUCCGAGGCGAAAAGCAAGGAGCCGGGGCGCGUCGUUGCCGAGCCCUGCGUUCUUUUUGAUGAUCUGGACGGGCAGAGUGUCGGAGGAGCCUGGCGCAGCAGCACGGCCGCCAUGAACACCUACAAGAACCAAGAGGCGGACCGCAAGGACCAGUACCCCGUCCCGGCCCUGGCCUUGAGCCAGCUGCUUCGCGAUCACACGAUUGUCAAGAUGGACAUCGAGGGGUCGGAGCUCAGCAUCCUUGCCCAACGACAGGACUGGAAGCAAGCCAGGGUCCUUAUUUUCGAAUACUCGGCAGCGAGGUGCAGGAAGUUCGGGCUUGGAUGGCGCCCAUUUGCUGGUGCACUGCGAAAGCUCCACAAAGGUGGCUUUACCGAUAUCGCAUUUCCAAGCAGCUGCUGGAGGCAUGAUUUCUGGCAGUGGAAUAAGACAGUCAAGAGCAGCAUUGAUCCGAAGACUGGCAAAGGGCGAACGCAUCAUAUCGGAUCCCAUAUCGACUUCAAUGUCUUUUGCUAUGCUGCGGGGCGCGACCCAGACCAGGGAUGGCUCGGAGCAUGCUGCAGCCAAAAGCAGAGGAGUCAGCUUAGGAGAUACCGGACAUUCACCCGACACAUGAAUCUGGUGGAAUUCAAUCUUGCUUACUCUUUGCAGAUGGAUAAAGCAAAGAGAGCACAUCGCAAGAGAAGCAUGAGUGCAGAUGAUGAGACGAAGAAGCAAAGGAAGGAGGAGAAGGGCAAGAAAGAUAGAAAGAAGAAGGAUAGGAAGGAGAAGAAGCAUAAGAAGGAGAAGAAGGAUGGAAAGGAGAAGGAUGGAAAGGAGAAGGAUGGAAAGGAGAAGGAGAGAAAGGAGAAGGAGAAGAAGGAGAAGAAGGAGAAGAAGGAGAAGAAAGAGAAGGAGAAGAAAGAGAAGGAGAAGAAAGAGAAGACAGCAAUGGAAGAUGUGACACAGGCGAAGGACUGGAAGAAGAAGAAGCCGGAGCAAACCAAAUGAGUGCGAUGCCGACAAGGUGCUUGGGAUCAUCAACCUGGAUGCCAACAAGAGCUCCAAGAUUUACAGUUGGUUGAUCUCGAUGUUUGCCGCAGGACGGCCUUCAAUUUCAAGAAAUUUUCGAGGCCGUGGCUG